UAAUACCGGUAGUUUGAACUUUUAAAGAGGAAAAAAAAAAUAAAAGAAGAAAGAGAAAAAAAGAAAGGUUCAAAACAGUAUCAUAUCAACAGCCACUUGCGUUUACUUCUUCUCUCGUUACCUUUCGCUUUCUCUCUUCAAAUUUUUUAUUUCUUUUUUAUUUGGGUUUUGAGAGUGAUAUUUUUGCUGAAGAAGCUUUGCAAAAUUCUUGAACGGCGAGCGAGAGAGAAUGAGCGUGGUGGGAAGACAGACGGCGAGAUCUAAUUCGACGUCGCAUCAUCAACGGCAAUAUUCUGACAACUUUCUCGACGCUUCUUUUAACAGCAAAUGGCUUCGCUCAUCUCAUUUCCCUUCGUCUCAGGAGUUCGGGUUCUACGACGGGGGAAGAAUGAGCAGGAAGUCGCCGGGAACACCGCCGGUUUUUUCUAGGUCCUCGAGCUUGAGGAAGAACAGCGAUGAAUACGUGUCGCCCGGUGAGCUCAGCCCCGGCUUAUUGGAUCUGCAUUCAUUUGAUACUGAGCUGCUUUCCGAGUUGCAGGUUCCUAACCUCUAUGAAGGAUACGGACUUCAGAAACCUGUCGGUGGUAGAAGUUUUGAUGAUUCCGAACCUUAUCUAUUUACCAACAAACUUACAAGCAGGCCGCAUGGAAUGGUGGAGAAUAACCUUCUUAAAAGCAUCUCAGUAGAUAAAGAAAGAGCUAAUAAUGUUGCCAAAAUUAAAGUCGUGGUGCGCAAGAGACCAUUGAACAAAAAGGAAAUAGCAAAGAAGGAAGAAGAUAUUAUCGCUAUAGAGUCAAAUUCCAAUGCACUAACUGUUCAUGAAAAAAAACUAAAGGUUGACCUGACAGAAUAUGUUGAGAAGCAUGAAUUUGUUUUUGAUGCUGUGCUGAAUGAAGAUGUUAGCAAUGAGGAAGUGUACUCUGAGACUGUUGAGCCGAUAGUCCCACUAAUUUUCAAUCGAACAAAAGCGACUUGUUUUGCAUACGGGCAAACAGGAAGUGGAAAGACAUAUACCAUGCAGCCACUGCCUCUAAAAGCAUCUCAAGAUAUAUUAAGAUUAAUGUACCAUACAUAUCAGAACCAAGGUUUCCAACUCUUUGUCAGUUUCUUUGAGAUAUAUGGGGGAAAAGUCUUUGAUCUCCUUAAUGAUCGGAAAAAGCUUUGCAUGAGAGAAGAUGGUAAACAAAAAGUAUGUAUUGUGGGUCUGCAAGAGUACAAGGUAUUAGAUGUUCAAACGAUCAAGGAGUUAAUUGAGAGAGGAAACGCAACAAGAAGCACUGGCACUACCGGUGCAAAUGAGGAAUCCUCUAGGUCACAUGCUAUUCUUCAGCUUGCCAUCAAGAGAUCAGGUGAUGGCAGUGAAACAAAGCCUGCUAGACUUGUUGGGAAGCUUUCUUUCAUAGAUCUUGCUGGAAGUGAGCGUGGUGCAGAUACGACUGACAAUGACAAACAGACGAGAAUGGAAGGUGCUGAAAUUAAUAAAAGUUUACUUGCUUUAAAGGAAUGUAUCAGAGCUCUUGACAAUGACCAGGGACACAUUCCUUUUAGAGGAAGUAAGCUGACUGAAGUUCUUAGAGAUUCAUUUGUUGGUGAGUCACGUACUGUUAUGAUAUCAUGUAUUUCACCGAGCUCAGGAUCAUGUGAACAUACCCUGAAUACACUCAGAUAUGCCGAUAGGGUGAAGAGCCUAUCAAAAGGGAACAACUCCAAGAAGGAUGCACUAUCUUCGUCAUCAAAUCUUAGGGAGUCAACUGCACUGCCCUUGGCUUCAUCUUUACCAAUUGACACAUUUGAGGAUAACAUAGCUGAUGUUCCUUUUGAAAAGAACAAAUUUGGGUGGUCCAAACUGAAUGAAAGAGAUACAUCUCCUCCUUUUAAAGUAGAUCGUGUUCCUAGUGGAAGGGCGGAAGGAAAUUUGGCUGUGCCAUAUUCAGAUUAUUUCAAGGGUCAGAGAGCUGGUCUAAAUGGCAUGGCCAAGGAUGAUUUUGAUUACUCAGAGGAGACAUAUGAGCAACAAAAGAUAUUGCAGAAAAUUAAUGGGAAGGCACAGACCUAUGAAAUUCCAUCUUUAGAGAAGCAGAAGACUGAUCCUUUGACAAAGCAUGUGGAUCCUUCAAUCUUUGAUGAUAACAAUUCUCAUUCAGAUGAUGAUUUGAGCGCCUUGUUGAAGGAAGAGGAAGAUCUUGUAAAUGCUCAUCGAAGGCAAGUGGAGGACACAAUAGAGAUUGUUAGGGAGGAAAUGAAUCUGCUAGUUGAAGCUGACGAACCAGGCAAUCAGCUGGAUAAUUAUAUCUCCAAGUUAAAUAGCAUUCUUUCACAGAAGGCUGCAGGAAUUCUACAACUGCAGACCCGCUUGGCUCAAUUCCAAAAACGUUUAAAGGAGUAUAAUGUUUUAGUAUCUUCUGGUAAUUGAUUUAAUCUGCAGAAAAGGGCUCGUGAAACUCACUGAUACGGAGUAGAAUUCUGCUGGGGACUGAUAGGGUGUGGAUUUGGACCUGCAUUUGAUCUGAUGAUUUCUUCCUUGAUGGUGAGGCAGUUAAUGACAGUGUCAGUACCUAUUAGAGUGGGUGGUGAGAGUGUAAUCUCGUUUCUUCCUCCAUUUUUGAUGCUUCAAGUACCUGUUGCUACUUUUGAGUUAUAUACCCCACUCCACAGAAUUAUGUUAUAAGUAUGUAUGCAUUGCUCAUUCGCUAUAAAAUAUGUAAAAUUUCUGCAGCAGUGUAAUGUUAUUUUUAAUAAUAAAAACACCUUGUUUUGUGUU